AGUGUUCACCUUUUCAUCACCGAAGUGAUUCAAUUUUCAGAAGAAAUUGAGCACAUUUGGGUUCCCAUUUCACUUGUGUUUUGUAAAACGCCUCAUUUCAGAGCUCAGGUUUGUUCCUGAAUGGCCACUGGACGUGGUCAGUUCUUGCUGAGUCUGAGGCAGGGGUUAGAGAGGACUCAGCCAGGUAGACAUGGAGGAAACUCAGGAGGAGGCAGAAAGAGCAACCCUGCACGUGAUGGCCGCAGCAGGAGAUGUAGGGAUGAGAGCUGCAAACCCCCUGCACCACCCCCACAAGCAGUAUGUUGUCCCACCCAGUCCUGGUCCUUCCCUGCCUCCUUCUGCAGGGAAAAUUACUUUAAAAGAUUGCCACCUGAGAUCAUCCUGAAGAUUUUCUCCUAUUUGGACGCGGCGUCUCUCUUCUGCGUUGGCUUUGUUAACCGUCAGUUUCGCGAACUGGCUAAUGACAACGUGAUAUGGUACGAGUUAUACUCCUGUGAGAUGGGCAGGAGGAAGUGGAGGCCGAGGCUGUGCGAGACGCCGGACUCUGCGAGCGCUGAUGUGCAGGACGUACCGGCGGCGGUGUGGAAGAAGCUGCUGUUCAGUGAAAUGGGCUGCCAUAAGGACGCGGUGUGGAAGAAGGAGCUGAGACACGUGAACCUGAACACGGGCAUGCCGGAGCAAACGGAGCAGGUCCUCAGGAGUCUGCGUGUUGUCUGGGAGAUCACACUGACCCAUAAGGGAGGGAAGCAGAGCGUGUUCGAGCAGUCUCAGGCCUUUUUCUCCGACUCGUCCGUCACCGUGUGCUGGAGCGGCGGCGUGUGGCCGCAAAUUCACCACGUCUUUAGCGUGCAGCUCCACGGAGUCUUGGGUUCCCCCACAACCACGCCAGCCAAGCCGCAGUGGCGCUCUCUGAUCAGUAAAACGGUGCUGAGCAGGAAUGAGAAGUGGAGGUAUAUCGGGACGGACAGGCUGGUGAAACUGAUGCAGUUUGAUGAAGUGUUCACUGUGGGAGUAUGGAGAGGCACGUGGAUAAUCGCCUUCAUCAUGGCCACCUUACAUUUCCACAGACUGGUGGAGAGAAGUGUUCUCGGAUCUCUGUUCUGCCCCUACAGGCCAGAAGAGCUCAGCCCCCUGCACACAGACGUCCCCCCGGGCUUCAGUGUUCAUGGUUACACGGUGCUCGUGCUGCUUCACAACUCAGUGAGACGCAUCAUGCACUGCAGUUACUCACCGGUGCUCUGCACCAGAGAUGAGCUCCAUAGUGAAUUUGUGCAGCUCCGACCUGUUAACACCAGCAUGUCUCAGAAACACACUCCGAUCUCGGCUAAGAUCAGUUUCCCCUGGAGGGCCGGCGAGCUGCAGGGAGACAUCAAGAACUGCUGCGUGAUGACGGUGUCGGUGCUGGACGAGGCUCAGAGGCCGGUGUGGUGCAUCAGCUCGUCCGCCGCUCUCAUCCUCAACCACUCCCACGUGUGUGAAAGCUACGACGGCGAGCAGUUUGCGCUGAGGUACGACGACAGCGACGGCAGGCUGAGGAUGACCCUGGUGUGGAUGCAGGACCUGCAGCUGUACUUCCUGAUCAGCCUCCACAUCUGGAUCCGCGUGGAGAAAGUAAACGCACGCUUCCACAAAGCCGUUCAGGACAAAUUCUGACGCAUCUCUCCUUUAUACACAAACGUUCAGUCAGUGUUUUACAUUUAUUUGGAAGGUUUACAGUCGUGACCUGAUGUAGGUAGAUGUGUUAGAGGGUUUGGUUUAUAGCUGGAUUGAAGUCCUCUGUUUUUAUUUGUUUGUUUGUUGCGUAGUUAAAAUGCUUAAGUCUGAUUUAGGAUCAGUGUCACUCAUAUAAAGCUCCUUUUCAGCGUUUUUUCAGUCUCACAGCUGUUUAGAAGAUUUUUCUUGUGUUACGAAGUGAAUAAAGUGAGACUGUGAACACA